AUGAGGAGACGAGCAGCAUCGGCACCCUUGACCAGCCAAAAACGCACCGACACAACGUUCUACCUUAGCGUCGGCAUUCGUCAGAGUCACUGCGCCGAUAUUCCUCUUGGAGUCCAUCAUCUUUGGGCAGAGGAUUACUCCUACUCUACAGCACUAAACAACGUAGCGAUCAUUUCUCUCCGUCUCGGUGCACAUCAUCAAGAGACUAUCGAGAGACUACAUGUGCACUACGCAGGAUCUCCGCCCUACAAAGCUGGGCUGAGGGUGCUCCCAUCCUCGCUUGCCAGAGAAAGGGCUGCGGUGCUUCCCGUCCUCCCCUUCACUGUUGACAAUCCAUGCUGGGCCGAACCAGUGCUGGAAACCAUGUCCCACCAGCACACAGCGAAACUAGCUCAGGGGUGCAGUAAUAUCAGCGACGAAGACCCAGAGAACAUCGUAGAGACGGUUAAAGUUGCGACUUGCGAACAGCUAUCUUCAGUCGGCUCACUGACACUCUUUGGGGGGAAUCUACCUCAGGACGCAUCAGCCAGCCAAGCCAACGGCCAUUGCAAGUGUGCCAGAAACGAGGCUAUAUCAGACUGCCUAAUCCUUCGAAUCGAUGCUUCACAGUUGCCUUUCCAUCCCUUGAAGCCAGCGAAAAUCAUACAAAGAACACCAACUUCUUCACAACAUGCAUCGCCUUCCCUCCUUACUACCUCACCACCCCGCAGCAUUGCCGGCCAUAGCAAUAGCGGAUCAAAUACCAUACUCUCAGAUGGCAUGGAUGAUGUACUCAGGUUGCUCAUUACGAAGGUCUCGCUCUGCUGUCCGCAGCCCGCCUCUUCCACGCCGCUUUUGCGACCCGAUGCCUCGAAGAAUGAUAACCAGCAAAACAUCGAGAUCGGGCCCAAAAAUCACCAUGAGGUACUGGACACCAAGCAGAUGAUGCUACCCAGGUACAACUGGGUUCAGGACAUGUGCUACCAUGCGCAGAUGGCGCGCGAGCAGCAGAAAGUUGAGAUGAAUCAUGAGCAAUGGCUGAUGACUCUCAAUCUCACAGUUCCUCAAGUCGAGCAAUUCUUCUACCCUGCCCAACCCUCCUCACAAACGUAUUCGGUCCUCUUUGAACGCCGAGACAACGGGGCUUCUACCGGACUUCGUGCUUGA